AGUCCGAAAUGGCGGGCGUUUCUGUGAAUGUUGUCAAUUUUUCGAUUUUAUUAUAAAUAAGUUUUUAAAAUAAAACAUUUGUAGCAAUUGUAAACAUGCAUAUAAAACAGGUGAUUAUUCAGGGAUUCAAGAGUUAUCGUGAGCAAAUUGUUGUAGAACCAUUUGAUAAACGGCAUAAUGUAGUUGUAGGGCGUAAUGGUUCGGGAAAAAGUAAUUUCUUUCAUGCCAUUCAGUUUGUGCUUAGUGAUGAGUUUUCACAUCUACGACCUGAACAAAGGUUAGCUCUGCUUCAUGAAGGCACAGGACCCAGAGUGAUAUCAGCUUUUGUUGAAAUUAUCUUUGAUAACUCUGACAACAGAAUACCAAUAGAGAAAGAUGAAAUAUUUCUGCGGCGUGUUAUUGGGUCCAAGAAAGAUCAAUUUUUCCUCAACAAAAAGGUUGUACCACGCUCCGAAGUACUUAACCUAUUGGAAAGUGCUGGAUUGUCAAACUCCAAUCCAUAUUACAUUGUCAAACAGGGAAAAAUUAAUCAAAUGGCGGUUGCUCCCGAUUUGCAUAGAUUAAAGUUAUUACGCGAGGUGGCCGGCACCCGAGUGUACGAUGAACGCAGGGAAGAAUCAGUAACAAUUUUGAAAGAAACUGUUGGCAAAGUAGAAAAAAUUAAUGAAUUUUUACAAACAAUAGAAGAGCGUCUUAAGACCCUUGAAGAGGAAAAGGAAGAGCUAAAAGAGUAUCAGAAAUGGGAUCGGGCGAGGCGUGUCCUCGAAUUCAUUAUUCACGAUACUGAGCAUAGAGAAAACAAGAGAAAACUUGAGGAGUUAGAAAAAAUGCGUUCAAAUAGUGGCAAAGAGCAGCAACAUUACGCAGAUUUAGUGCGAGAAGCCCAGGACCAUGUCAGAGAAGCCAACAGAAAAUUAAAAGAAGCUCGCAAGGACGUAGCUGCGGCCCGCGAGGAGAAAGAUAUACUCUCCACAGAGCAGCAGCAACUGCUGAGGGAGAAGACCAAACUGGAGCUCGGCAUUAAAGAUCUCACGGAUGAUGUCGAUGGCGAUAAUAAAUCCAAGGAAAGGGCAGAAGCAGAGUUGGAACGCCUGAGACAACAGAUAGCAGAAAAAGAGCGAGAGCUGGAAGAGCUAAAGCCAAAGUAUGAGGAGAUGAAAGCACGAGAAGAAGAAUGCACUAGAGCCCUAGCACUGAACCAACAGAAGAGACAAGAGUUGUAUGCGAAGCAAGGGAGAGGCACACAGUUCACUUCUAAGCAAGACAGGGAUCGUUGGAUUGAAAAGGAAUUGAAGUCAUUAAAUAAACAGAUCAAAGAUAAAAAGGACCAUGAGAACAAGUUGAAGGAAGAUUUACGUCGCGAUGCGUCGAAAUUGACCGAACUACAAAAGAAGAUAGAAGAGAUGACGAAGGAAAUGGAAAGGCAGCGUGUUGCUAUUGACGAGCACAACAAACAGUAUUAUGAGUGCAAGAAGAGGAAGGACCAAGAACAGAGCGCUCGAAAUGAACUUUGGCGAAAAGAAACUACACUCACACAAAAUUUGACAUCACUAAAAGAUGACUUGGCGAAAGCGGAUCAAGCACUCCGUUCUAUGGCUGGGAAACCAAUAUUAAACGGUCGGGACAGUGUUCGGAAAGUGUUAGAGACAUUCCAAGAGAGAGGAGGCGAGUGGGCGAAAAUAGCGACACAGUACUACGGGCCUGUCAUUGAAAACUUCACGUGUGACAAAACUAUUUAUACCGCUGUGGAGGUGACUGCUGGCAACAGGUUGUUCCACCACAUUGUAGAAUCGGAUACUGUGGGCACGAAAAUUCUGAAAGAGAUGAAUCGGCAGAGUCUACCGGGCGAAGUGACUUUCAUGCCCCUUAAUCGUUUACAAGUGCGGGAUAUGGUAUAUCCCAAUGAUAAUAAUGCAAUCGCUAUGGUACAAAAGCUAAAAUACGAUCCAAAGUACGCAAAGGCGAUGAAGUACAUCUUUGGCAAAACGCUCAUCUGCAGGAAUCUCGAAUGCGCCACAGAGUUGGGCAAGCAAUUUCAUCUAGACUGCGUCACAUUGGAAGGUGAUCAGGUAUCAUCAAAAGGCUCUCUAACUGGAGGUUAUUUCAACCAAUCACGAUCCCGGCUCGAAAUGCAGAAGACUCGUUCGGAACUAAUGGAGCAAAUCACGACAUUAGAGCAAGAACUGAACACAUUGCGCCAGGAGUUGAGCAAGACUGAAACAAGUAUCAAUAGCAUUGUCUCUGAAAUGCAGCGCACGGAAACUAAACAGGGGAAAGCCAAGGACAUCUUUGACAAAGUAAAGGCAGACAUCCGUCUUAUGAAAGAAGAACUGGCGUCAAUAGAAAGAUUCCGUGGACCCAAAGAGAGGUCACUAGCGCAGUGUCGCUCGAGCCUCGAGGCCAUGCAGGCUACGAAAGAAGGGCUCGAGUCUGAAUUACAUCAGGAAUUAAUGGAGCAACUGUCAACGGCUGAUCAAGGAAAAGUGGACGAACUGAACGACGCCAUACGACGACUCACACAAGAAAACAAAGAGGCGUUCAGUAUGCGAAUGAAUCUUGAAGCCAACAAGAAUAAACUGGAGAAUUUGCUCACCAACAACCUCAUUAGGCGUAAAGAUGAAUUAGUACAAGCGUUGCAAGAGAUAUCAGUGGAGGACCGCAAGCGGAGGCUGGCAAACAGCAAAGCGGAUCUGGCGGCCGCCGAGAAGAGAAUACGUCAAAUCAACAAGGAGAUGGAAGAAGUCGAGAAGAAAGUGCAGGCUGCCGUCAAGAACGAGAAGGCGUUGAAGUUGGAGCUGGACAAGUGGAGGAAUAAGGAAAAAGAAGCUCAAGACAAAAUGGAAGAAGACGCCAAGGGAUUAGAGAAGAUGGCAUCAAAGGAGGUGUUGCUACAGGAGAAAAUACAGGAAUCACUUGACAAGAUAGCCGCGCUCGGCACUUUGUCUAACGCGCCUGAACUGCACGCCAAAUAUCAGAAGAUGUCUUUGAAACAGUUGUUCAAAGAACUGGAGAAAGCAAACCAGCACCUCAAGAAGUACAGCCACGUGAACAAGAAGGCCCUGGACCAGUUCAUCAGCUUUUCUGAACAAAAGGAGAAGCUGUAUAAGAGAAAGGAGGAACUGGAUAUUGGCGGCGAGAAGAUCCGCGAACUGAUCGAAACUUUGGAGCAUCGCAAGUUGGAGGCGAUCCAGUUCACGUUCAAGCAAGUGAGCAAGAACUUCACGGAGGUGUUCAAGAAGCUGGUGCCGCAGGGCCGCGGCAGCCUCAUCAUGCGCGUGGCCGCCGACGAACUCAACGACGUCAGCGCAGAGAGGGCUAACGCGGACCAGUUCACGGGCGUCGGUAUCAAAGUGUCGUUCACUGGAGGCGAAGGCGACAUGCGCGAGAUGAACCAGUUGUCCGGCGGCCAGAAGUCGCUCGUGGCCCUGGCGCUCAUAUUCGCCAUACAGAAGUGCGACCCGGCGCCCUUCUACCUAUUUGAUGAAAUCGAUCAGGCUCUGGACGCGCAGCACAGGAAAGCGAUCGCGAACAUGAUCCACGAGCUGUCGUCGUCGGCGCAGUUCAUCACGACGACGUUCCGGCCGGAGCUGCUGGAGCACGCGCACAAGUUCUACGGCGUCAAGUUCCGCAACAAGGUGUCGCACGUCGAGUGCGUCACGCGCGACGAGGCGCGCGACUUCGUCGAGGACAGCGCCACGCACGCCUAGGCCUCCCUGCCGCCGCUCGCCGACCAUCUCCAAUUAACCUUCACUGAGGAAUUACACCCACCACCACGGUUCACCUACUAUCUGGCAUCUCGAAUUAACCUAUAGAGAGGGAUCGAACCCACUACCACAGUUGACUUACCAUCUGGCAUCUCGAAUUAACCUACAGUGAGGGAUCACUCUCACCAUCACAGUUGACCUACCAUCUUGAAUUAACCUUCAAUGUGAGUAUUUGUCUUUUUCUGCCAACAAUGUUUCGCCACUUAUACAAUUAAUUUGUCAGAAAGUGUAGACAUUCAUGUUUCUUUCUAAGUCUGAGGGCUAGUAAUAAGAUUAGCCUUCAUUAUCAGCCAUCUCCCAUGACCUUCUACUCUCUUUACUCCAAUUUUUAUUCUCCAACCCACUGCUACUUAUGCUUGACCAUCAAUACUGCAUACGUAGCAGUCAAGGCGACAGUAACUUAAUAGUAGGGUGCACACUGCAAACCCCAAGAGCCGUAGGCCCGUAUUAAUAAACAUUACUCAACGACGAACUCAAAUGCGUAAUCAUUUGAUAUGCCAUCAUUACGAUACCAGCUUCUCAAGAUCGUUGCUAAUUAAUAAACACAUAAAAACAGUAUCUCAAAACGCUGUACUUAAGAAUACUGUUCUGUGACUUGCACUCAAGUACACACAUUUGAGAGUUGAGUUUCGUUUAUUAAUCAGUGUGGCACUCAGCUGAUAUUGUAAACCUAAACCGCAUCUUGAGAUAUGUUUAUUAAUAAGAUCAUAACCUCAAGAUUGUACUCAAGUGCGUGUACUUGAGCUGAGUAACGUUUAUUAAUACGGGCCGUAAACUCAACCUUCAACUCUUCAUAUGGGAUUUCCAUCCCUUCUUCACCCUUAAACUUUGAUUAUCAACUUUUAUAACCUUCGAUACAACUAUAUAGAACUUGUGUAUUGCACAACAUGAAGUAUCCAAUGUUGAAACGUAACCUUCAGCCAUCAAUCCUCAAUGUUCCACUCUCAAACGUCUAUUCUCGACUUUAACUCUCAACAAACUCACAUUUAGGUACAAACCUUUUAUUCUACUUAGCCCAAUAUUAAAAACUAAAAUAAUUAUAGCUGUAAUAUAAAUAAAUAAAUAAGUUUGACAGAAUGAUUCAUAUAUUUGACGUUUUAUUAAAGAUAUAUUAGUUGGUACAAAUGACAUUCAAAGUGCCUUGUAAUAGAGACACCAGCAUUUUAAUUAGAAUCUAAGAUAUCGGAGUGUCGAAAAAAAUAUACAAACUCGGGGAUUGUCAAGUAUGUAGUCAUUUUUAUAAAUUAAUUGACUAAUUCCAGGUAGGAUUGCUGUAAUGAAUAAUUGUUAGGGUAGAGGUAAGGAGGAUCAUUUCAUAAGACCAGGCUUAAUCUUACUUGACUAAGACGGCGUGUGGACGCCGCACAUGUUCUUUGCGAAAACUUUGCACAAACUGUUUGCGCAAAUAUUUUGCAGUAGUUGUUUGCGCAUGCAAGUCGCUGGGUGUAGCCGGCGCUAUAGGGACUUGAACAUAAAGCAAUAAAGGUUUAUUAGGAAGUAGCAAAAUAAAAAACAUGCGUGAGUGUCGUGGAACACGAGGUUAGAACGAAGUUCCUUUCGCAGUAUAUAAUUAUGGAUAAAUGUAUUAUAUUAUUGAUUAACAAAUACAAAUAAAUGAAUUAUUGGAGUCUAUUAAAAUGGAGCGUCAUUUGAAAUAAUAUUUCUUUCAUGGCAAAGUAAGAAAAAAUGCGAGGGAGAUUGAAAUUAUUCCAUCUCGCUCGCACUGCAGAAAGGGGAUUGUGACGGAAAAAUCUUACAAAUUCGUACCGUGCGAUAAGGAAUUUCGCUCCAAAAUCGCUGUGUAGUAGGGGCUUAAUAAUAUCUAUUACCCCAUUUUCAUCUCGUGGACGUCGUAAGAGGUGACCGAGGGAAUCUGAAACAGGAGAUGAUGGACAGCAGCAUCUUCAUGAUAACCGAAAAUAUCAAUAAAACUGCGGUCGCCAAUCCGCCUGCCAAGCUUUGCAACUGUGGUUAAAUUUCCCUUAAGGGGAAAUCAGAAGUCCAAUGUACAGCUGUGGAUUUCUGUUAAGGCUGCAAGAAAUUAAUGGAUGAAUAUGAAAUAAAAAACAUUAUUAAUGGUUACAAGAGUAGAUAAAAAAAUUGUAGAUACAUGAUCAGAUGCUAUCGUUAUAAUUUUGAAUAUAUUAAAGAUUGAAUUUUAAUUAUAAAACAACCCAUUAAAAUAAUCUUAUGUUAGAAAUUGCUCCUUUCAAAUGUAUUUAGUAAUAUACGACCAUCUCUACUUUUUAUAAUUCACAUUGUUUGAUUCUACGAGUUUAAGUGAAUUUAAAUCCCGAACCACAAUUUGACAUCUAUUGUACUAUUCCAUGUUUGAUUUAAGUUAAAAAUGACAAAAAGCGGAAUAAGAAAUGGAUUAAAUGAUACUUGUUUCAAUUUUUUGUGGGAUUAGCCCGUAGACGGGUAAACAUUUUAAAGAGUAAAUAAAUAAGUUUUUAUAAUUGUUAUAUUUCCUUCCGCUUUUUUAAUAAAGAUUAUUAAAUGU